GAGGAGUGAAUCAUAGACAGUAAAGGGGGUGAAUACGAAGGUAAAGAUAAAUGUACUAAACGAAAUACAAUAUGAAUAGGGGUGCUAGACUAGUCCACAAGGCGCAGUUUCUGCUGUUGCAUUAAGUAUUACUUUGUUCAGCGAAUUAGGUGGACUUUCAGGACAGCCCUAGACAACGUUAGCUCGAUUAGCUAGCUGUUAAGAACCAGUGUUAUUAUUUACAUAUCAAAUCAUUGAUUUCAUUGACCUUUCGGAUUUUUGUUAACUAUAAUGGAUACAUACCCCAGUGCCUCCGAUCAGUGCGUCGACUCCACGAAACAGCAAGAGCGUCAUUACUACCUGCUGUCCGAACUCCAGAGCCUUGUCAAAGACCUCCCGAGCUCCUUCCAGCAGCGUCUGUCCUACACCACGCUGAGUGAUCUGGCUCUUGCGCUCAUCGACGGCGCUGUGUACGAGAUCGUCCAGGGCCUGCUCGACAUCCAGCACCUGACGGAGAAGAAUCUCUUCAACCAGAGACAGAAGCUGCACACAGAGCACAGAAUACUCAAACAGGAUUUGACACGAAAGCACAAGCAAGCACUGCAGGUCUGCAAGUCUCACAACCUGGCCCUCCUGAAAGCAACCCAGCGGACAGAGACGGAGGCUCUGGAACUGCGUGUGAGGGAGGAGCAAAGGAUGAUGGACGAGAAGAUCAUCGCUGAGAUCGACCAGAAGGUCUUGGACCAGCAGAACACGCUGGAGAAGGCUGGUGUGCCCGGCUUCUACAUCACCAACAACCCACAGGAAGUGACCAUCCAGAUGAACCUGCUGGAGUUGGUCCUGAAGCUCCAGCAGAAGGAGACGCAGUCAGGAACUCUGCCCUGAGUACAUUAACUCUGCCCUGAGUACAUUAACUCUGCCCCGAGUUCGUUAACUCUGCCCUGAGUACCUGACUACGUUAACUCUGCCCUGAGAGCUUUCUCUGUUUACUUUAAUUUUGCUCUGAGAGCUUUCUCUGUGUACAUUAGCGGGAUUUUAUCCAUAAUAGAUGAACAUGUCUCUACUGAAUCUGUAUGAUUCACGUGCGUACUCAUCUGAUUGGUCCAAAGAUCACUCUGUCCUACUGACUAUCAGAAGAACAGCGGGCACUACAAAGGACACCAGGACGAUGGCAUUCAAAUGGGCUGUCAGGCAGGAUGGCCUCCAUUCCCAGCACAGACCGCUGCUGUCCGUCAGCCAUCGUGCACUGAGGCUUGGGCUCCCUCUUCUUUUCUCUCUCUCUCUCUCUCUCUCUCCCUCCCUCCUCCUCAGUGCUGUAGAGGAGUGAUUAGCCAGUGCACCAGGGAUGUGGUGCAAUACUUCAGAUUUUCUGUUUGUUUAUUUUAUGUAUGUAUUUGUUUAUGUUUAUUAGCCAGUGCACCAGGGAUGCACCACCUCAGGCCUGGUCAGUGCCUGUGACUAUUUAUUUUGGAUCGUUGAAGUAAAACAGACACUGUAAAAGUCCGCUGCAAUACUUCAGAUUUUCUAUUUGCUUAUUUUAUGUAUUUUAUGUUUUAUACCUUUUUUUUGUUUUCUCUUGAGAUGCCUACCGAGUGAAAUUACUGGAUAUCUUUUGUUUUGUUGGUUAACAUGUUUGGAAGGACAUCCUUUUCCUCACAGCGUGUUCAUGACCAUUGUAAUAAGGACCUUAAGAUGUCUUUCAGUUGCUGAGCCAAAUAAACAUUAAGGCAAAACUCCACUUGGGUUUGAUAAGAGAGUAACAAUAUGAACUCCACUUGGGUUUGAUAAUAAAUGAGUAACAAUAUGAACUACACUUGGGUUUGAUAAUAAAUGAGGAACAAUAUGAACUCCACUUGGGUUUGAUAAUAAAUGAACAAUAUGAACUCCACUUGGGUUUGAUAAUAAAUGAGUAACAAUAUGAACUCCACUUGGGUUUGAUAAGAGAGUAACAAUAUGAACUCCACUUGGGUUUGAUAAUAAAUGAGUAACAAUAUGAACUACACUUGGGUUUGAUAAUAAAUGAACAAUAUGAACUCCACAUGGGUUUGAUAAUAAAUGAACAAUAUGAACUCCACUUGGGUUUGAUAAUAAAUGAACAAUAUGAACUCCACUUGGGUUUGAUAAUAAAUGAACAAUAUGAACUCCA